GUGUUGCUGUGAAAUACAUACAGCCUGGCUGCAGUGUGCACAUGAAGCCUAACUCUGUGAGAAAGCUGGAGUCAGCAUGCCUCCUAACUGGCUGAUGCAGAUCUGAGUGACAGCAAGACUGGCAUUAUGCAAAUCAGGAAGAGCUAGCAAAGGAGACUGAAAAGAAGCACAGCAACCACGAUUAGCUUUUCCGUGCUGGGGAACUGCAUCGUACAGGCUCUACUUAUGAAAUGAUGCUGCCUUUAAGGUUACACCUAAAUUGUAAAAAUAAGUUUAGUUUCCAGAUUUCUUUAAAAGCUCUGUAAUAUGUGUCUUUUAGUGGAACCAAGAAAAUUUAUUCACAGGCAACCAGUUGUGAGUUUAAUGAGAGAAGCUUACUUCCUUAAUUAAUUGCAAUUUAAGAUAUUUUAAUUGACAAGCUACUCUGAUAACAGCUCAAGCCUCAUACAGCUGCAAAAUACUUAAGUGCUGCUGAUUUGAGUACCUCAAGCAUGCUUUGCCUUUUCCUGCAGCUUUGUUGUAUUAUAAAUCCUUAACUAGGUCAGGCUUGGCUUAAACCGAUUUGCUGUUUUCUGCGUCAGCCUAAGCCACAAGGAGUUUCAAUAAUAAGCCCUCCUUGUUAGGUGUGGGCCUACUUGAGGGCUGGCCUAGUUAAGCCUGAUCUUUUUUUUUUUUGCUUUGAUUUUUGCUUACAUGCUCAUGUUUGAGCUAAGCAGUAGCAGGUCAGGGACAGUAAGACAGUGCUGACUAUCUUCUUACCAGUAAUAAAAUGGUUGGGAAAGCCAGAUCUUCCAACUUUACUUUGCAAGAGAAACUUGAUUUCAUAGAAAUUCUAAAACCAUAUGUGAAAGUCCUGGAGGAACACACCAACAGGCAUUCUGUCAUUAUAGAGAAAAACAAAUGCUGGGAUACUAUAGCAAAAAAGUAUAAUAACACUGGAGGAAGUCGGCCUCAUCGGACUGCAAUAGGGUUGCGGAUGCUGUAUAAAAGGCUUAAGGAAUAUGCCAAGCAGGAACUGAUACAGCAGGCAAGGACUCAGCAUGAACAGCCAGGUAGACUGUCUGAAGCCACCAGGAAACUUGUAAGGCUGAUUCCUCAGAUGUCCCAGACUCUGUUACAGAAAGACAACAGUGACUCUAGAAGAGUAAGUGCUGAAGAAGAAGAAGAAGAAGAAGAAGAGAGUGCUUUGGUUUCUGCUUCUCCAGUUUUGCCUUUGGUCUGUCCAUCUAUUUCUGUGACUGUCGAUUCUGAAUCAGAUGAAGAUCCAAAACCUGCAUCGUUGACUGUCUGCCUUGAAGACAGUGAAAGUAUAGAAGGUGAAGAUUUUGCAGAUAAAUGUUUAUCCACACCAUGUGCUUCUGCUGACAUUGGAACAGAGUCUGUUCAGUUUGUUUCCCUCCAAGAAAAUGCAAUGCCAUCUAGCUCCCAGGCUGGACCUAGCCAGAGACAUGAUAAUUAUGUUCAGAAUCUGCAGUUUCUAGAGAUGUUUGCAAAAGAGCAUGAACUUAUCAUGGAAAAUAGAAGGAAAGUGGGUCUUUACAUUCAUGACAAAAGGGAAGGACUGAGAAGAAAACAGGAACUAGAAGAGGAACUUCUGAGAGUGAAAAUUGAAGUGGAGAAACUAAAGGAAAUGCAGCUAAGGCAGAUGAUACCUAUGUAAGAAGACACGCUGUCCUGGUCAACAUGGAUGGACUUAAUCAUGUUUCAGUUUAGGACCCUUUCUUUUACCUGACUGCUUUUAUGUGAUUUGUAGUCUGUACGUGAAGUCCUGUAAUUCUUUUUUUAUGUUCCGGAGCUAGUGUACCAUCAAUAAUUUAUACUUCAUGUAAGUCCAGUUAAAUAUUAGUGAACUAUGUAAAAAUAAGUUCAGUCCUGAGGCUUUCAUUAUAAUACAUUAUGAUAUAGUAUGUAGGUAUUAAUUUCCUUAACUUGGUGUUCUUAAGUAAUAUACUGAACUGAAUGGACCUUUACUGAGGCCACAUGUCUGCCGUUAUAUUUCAUCUUGGUUAAGCAAGUGUGCAAGCGUCCUCUGAAAAAAGAAUGGUUCCUUAACAGGCUGCAAAUAAAAGAGUUAAAAACUCUUAAGUUAUAAUUUCAUUAUCUGCCAUUUGGAUGUGGUAUUCGUUGCAAAUGUUAUUAUGGUUUGCUGGAUUCAAUUUUCAACAUUUCUUUUGCUGCCUGUUUUUCACUGUUGAAUAACGUUUAGAGUUUUCCAAGAUGCUAUCAUGUUCAACCUUCUGUAUGCCAUAUCUCAAAUAAUGUUUUCUUUUCCUACUGCCAAGUCAUAAUUUGGGGCUUAGAAAGUAGCAAUAGAUAAUCCAAAGAAUCCAAGCUAUCCUGUCUUACAGCAUGCUCAUUCUGUUAAAUGUGAAAAUAAAAAAAGGAUGAAAGAAAGAAGCCUGGCAGAUUGCUGUGACUACUUAAGACACAGUGGGUGGUGUGCUUAGGUCCAUAAUGGAGAUGUGCAAAAUGAUUAACUGAUGUACCGUUUGCAGUGAAUGACUACUGUAUCACUCUCCCAGCUACUGUAUAGCAUCUUUGUUCAUCUUCUUUGCCAUUCUUUUAUAGCAAAGGGCUAUGAUCUAAGAGAAGAGUCACUAGGCUGUUGAGAUUUCACCCACAAAACAUAUAUUGAAACACUCACCUAACAGCUUUUGGGGGUUUGUGAGCUUGUCAUCUUCCAAUUUUGGGGAUUAAAUCAGCGGUAAGGGAAAUAGUUUGGAUCCAGGUUGGUGCCUUAGUGAUUCAUUUUUCAAGAGUUUUCUCUGAGGAGAAAGAUAUGCUCUUCAGCAGCUAUCAACUAGUAGUUUCAUUAAUUAUUCAAUUUCAGUUUCUUUAGACAUUUAUUUUUGUCACACUUUGCUCCAUUGCCUGCCUAUUAUCCAAUCCCUGCUGGUCAGUCAUCCCACUUGUUGCACAUUAGUGGGGUGAAGGUUGACGAGGAGGUCAUCAUCAAGGCAGCUAGCAGAGAUGGUUCAUAAAUUUCUGGCAUAUAUCCAUAUAUCCCUGCCAAUGCUCAGGUAUGCCAUGGGCUGAUUGUGCUGGAUAUUUCCAGACUUCUACAAGGAAUAAUGCCAGCAAGCAGUACCACCCACCAACAGUGAAGCACUGGAGGUGGUUUCUCCUGGUCAAAACUGGAGAAAUUGCACCUCCCUGUGUACCCCCAUCAUCUCUACCCUGGAAAAAGUGAAUUGGUGGGACACCUUAACUCCUCUCCCUCCCUGCCUGGUUUCUCCAGUGCUGCAUUCACUAAUCAAACAAUGGUUGUAUGGGUUGUGCUCAGGGCUUGGAGCCACUUUGAAUUACUUUAUACGUUUUAAAAAUGUGUUCCAGGAACCCAGAAGGUGAACCACUAAAUAUGCACAAGACGCAGCAGUUUGAAUGAAUCCAAUGUAGAUUAAAUAUAAAGUGGGCCAUUCAAGAAUAAAAGUGUUUUUAGAUAUGUUUCCCCUCUUUCCUUAACUGGCAUAAACAUUUGAAAUCUGAGAAUGAACAUUUCUGAUGAAAAUUAACAGGACACUGUGGAACAGAUGUGUAAAAAUAGAAACAAACAAAAAAAAUUCAGAACUAUAAAGCUCUCAUCUGCUGAAUACAGUAAGCCAAAUAGUUACAAAAAAGUCAAAAGUAAUAGAUUACCAUUAACAAACAUUUUCUUUAAAAUGAUACUGUGAUGUUUUUGAAUGAAACUUAACGAAACAGAAAUACAUAAUAUUUUUGUUGCCAUUGAUAUUGAGUCUUAUCCUCAAAAGGCCCAGUCAUCCCUCCCUUUCUCUGAAUGCCAGGAAGAUGAAGUGAGAGUUGGUCAUCAUCCUGUUAGGGUUAGGAGAUUUUUUUAUUGUUCCUCUACAGGUAUGGUACACAGGAAUGCUGUACCAAGGCAAAGGGCAGGUAUGCACUUCCACAUACCUACAAAGAUGGGCUAGAAGGAGGAGAAUCCCCAUGCUGGGCUAUACCCCUGUAUCCAUGUGUUCUUCUUGCCCCACCAAGAGACUUAUAAUAACUUUAUCUAAAGGAAUCUGUGAGUCAGUAUCAGCCAUUCACCUAAGUCGCCCUUCAUGCCUCCUCCCACAUCCAGAGCAAUAAUCAAACUAUGGUUGGCUGAGACACAGUCAGGGUUGCAUCCGUAUGUGCAAUGGUGUUAGCUCUAGACAAUAGAUUAUUCAAAUGCAAACUUUAAGCAGCUUUAAAAAAUGACUGAUGUAUCCCUGUAUAGUCAGUAAAGAAGCUGGUGGAAUUGGAACACUCAGUACAGUAAGAUGCUGUAUAAUAUAUGAUUUCUGUUUAUUGACUUCAGUUUUUAAAAUGUUUUGCUAAUUUGCCAAAGUACUAAGCUAGUAGCACUUUAACAGUCAUGGAAUAUACUAUAAAGAUAACCUUGUUAGCAGCUGUGUGAAAGUGUGUAAAAUCAGCCUUCUUUGACAGUGACAUGUCAGAAAAACUCUUUUAAAUAAAAUAGUCAAGUCUA